AUGUCCGCUACUCUGGCGGAUCCGUAUCGUGACUAUGCGAUUGAGUACUCUCAACAUGCCACCUGCAAGCCCGAGCAACAGGAAAGCACGCUUGUUUAUCACACGCCACAACCGCACCUCCACCAUCACAAACAGGCCGAACCCCCCUUCUCGCAACCGCAUUCUCACAGCAGCGCAGCAUUUUCACAGCAUCAUGCGAGCGCGACCGUCCUUCCAACGGCGACCCCUCAGCCAUCAGUGCACGAUAUGCCACAAACCGUUGUCCUUGGCCAUACGCCGAUGCUCCCACGGCAACUUCCCGUCCAGUAUCCCCCACCCAGCUUCGAAAUCCCUCCACUCCACCGUGGCAAGAAACGGCCUCAUUCAGAGACAGAAGGGGAUGAAACAGACCAUGGUCUUAGACCUCAAUUACCGGUCCUGCCCGCAGACGGGCCGGCCGAGCAUGGUCACUCGCCGGAGAUGCUCUUCUCUGUCCACGGGGCACCUUCCCAACAGCCUCCGAUGCCAGGGCACGGCUUUGGGCACGCAGAGUCAGUUGGGCUGCCGCAACACCACCACCACCAUCGCCUCCCGCCCCAUGCGGCACUACGGACCCCUGGGCGCCAUGGUAUGAAUGUGGAAGCCUCGCCUAUGCCGUCGGGUCCUCCGAGUGUUGUAGGCCAGCCCGGGAUGCCUGAACCGGCUCCCCGGCCUCGAGGCCCAAAACUCAAGUUCACACCCGAGGAAGAUGCUCUAUUAGUGGAAUUAAAAGAAAACAAAAACCUAACUUGGAAGCAAAUUGCGGACUUCUUUCCAGGCCGGACGAGUGGUACCUUACAGGUUCGAUACUGCACCAAGUUGAAAGCGAAGGACGUCACCUGGAGCGAUGAAAUGGUCCAAAGACUGCAACGUGCCCUUCAAGAAUACGAGAACGAUCGGUGGCGUAUCAUCGCAGGGAAGGUUGGCAAUGGCUUCACACCAGCCGCUUGUCGCGAGAAAGCGACGCAACUUCAAUGA